AUGGUACAAGAACAGAAAGGAGAAACAUCCAGUGGCAUGUAUACUUACAAGCAUCAUGGUGACAAGGGAGUUGAUAUCCAUGAGAUUUUCGUUAAGAAGAGCAGAACCCGUGUUCUGCUGUCAUACUGUGGCCUCAUUUUACUUCUAGCAAUUGUCUGCCGAUCAUUGCUGGGAAAGGAAAAGUUGUGUCUUCAGUCAGUGUGGAGUGUUACCUUUGGAAUUCUGGUUGCGAAAUGUUUGCAAUACAAACCAGUGAAGAAAGAGUCGGUAGUGAUAAUGCCAUCUUUUGGGGUUCAGCUAGAAAUACAUUUUUGGAGCGGAAGAGUUGACCGUCAUUUUGUGCCAAUUGGCAAGAUUCUAAAGCCACUGCUGAACGAGUGUGUGACACCUGUGACCUGUUACUGGAGCUUGGCGUCGCUUCUGCGUGAUGAGGAGGAGCUCAAGCUAGUUUUCCAGAAAUUCCGCCCACCUGUCAAAAUGUUGGUCCCUAUCUGGAGAGCUCUCUGCGCAUUCACAGAUUCUGAAUGCACAAGCCGGCAUUCUGCAGUUUCUAAACCGAACCGUUCAGAAGCGUGA